AAUAAUACGGAUGUUUUAAAUUUUAAAAUUGCAACACUGAGAUUGUCGAACAUUGAAUUGCCACAAAUCUGUCUGCAGGUGUUACGGAGUUUUCCCCACAAAACAAGUGCGAGAAGUUCAUAAUGACUUUUUUAAAUAUUAUAUCAAUUGCGAGUUGUAUCCCUUCACUGCUGCUCAUACUGCUGGUGUCAGCUCAAACGAAGCCGCAGCACGCGCUGGUGUCUCCGUGCCCUAGUGUCUUCGAAUACGACACAAGCAUACAGCAUCCAGGUAGAUGGUACGGCGUUAUCAAGCUAUCAAGCGACUACACUAUGCACUCGUUGUGGUUAAGAGUACAUUUCGACAACCAUACUAUCGCGUUUAAGAACUGCUUAGGAAGCGUGACGCAGGAGAACAUAUUCGAAUUUAUGAUCAACAGAACGGAUUUCGUAAUCAACCCCGGCGAAGUGAAGAAAGUACAGUUUUAUGUUGAAUAUAAGGUUACGAUGGCUCCGCCUAAAGUAAAAUAUAUAUUGUUUAAUGGACACAAAAUAUGCGGGCCGUCAGACCCUUCGAUCCUGCGACGUUCACAGUAUCGUUAUCACGGGACUGAUAUGACUGGAUGUCCUUACCGACCAGGUGCUCCGCCACCAUCCUCGGAGGAGGAAACUUCUAGAAACUCAACAAAUCAUAUACAAAGCACUACCAAGGCCGGCGUGGAGUCUAAUUCAACAAAAAAGAUGUAA